ACGGUGUUUCGGAGCGCAUUAGCCUCCGUUCGCCUUUCUUAUAUGAGAGCAAGGGAGUAUUCACGGAAAACACGACCUCUCUCUUUCCAAGCUAUUUGACUGUAUGGUAGUCCAUAGUCCAUAGUGCAUACCCAACUCCAUCAAAAAUGCCCCCCCGCCUCCGCCUCCGCCUCCUCUACCUCCUCACGCCCCCAACCCUCCUAACCUACACCAUCCACCGCACCCUCACCCACCUGGAAACCAAAUACCCCCCGAUCCCCGCCGCCCAAGGCAGCACCGCCGCCCUCACCACCCCAACCAACCCAUCCACCCAACGCUGCGCCGAAAUCGACAUCUACCAGGCCCGCGUCCCGGUCCGCGCCUUGCUGCGCGCCGAGGCCGCCCUCACCGGCACCGACCCAAACACCACCACCACCACCACCACCACCACCGAGAAUAACCCAGAUAAUCCCCCCCGAAUCUCGCAAGCCACGCUCCAAAAAGCAUGGGCCCACCUCUUCCUCACCAGCCCGAUCCUGCAAACCGAAGCCAAGCUCAUCGGCCUCCUCACCACGGGGCGAUUCCACCCGGGCGAUGUGGGGUUGUCGGCUGCGGGGUUUGCGGCGGUGCCGUCGGAGACUGUCCCCGACACUGUCAUCGACACCGACACUGCCCCCAAAGAUCCCGAAAGUCAAGGCUGGCAGAAACGCAAACUCAUCAAUGGCGGGUUCAUCGUCGAACGCGACCCCGAAAGCCCCGGGGGAUUGCUGGCCAGCUGGCGGAUUCCGGACGAGGCACGGGAGUUCUUUGAGCGGCUCGCGCGAUGGGGAUAUCCGUGUCGGUUGAUGAGUGGGGGGCGGCAUGAGUGGGGGGUUUCGGAGGUGUAUUUUUGUAAAUCAGAGGAUGGGGGAGGGGGAGAGGGAGAGGGAGAGGGAGAGGGAGAGGGCAAGGCAGGGGAAUGGGUGGUGGAUGUGCGGUUCGGGUCGGCGCAUGAUUAUGAGAUUGUCGAGGCGGAGGGGGCAGCACAGAAGGUGGUGCCGCGGUGGGUGGGCAGGUUGCAUCGCGGGUUUGCGAGGGUGUUGGUGGAGGAUGCUGUGAGACGGUUGAGGGAUUGGUAGGUAUAUUGAUGAGUUGAUAGCUUGGGUUUGAAGACGAAGUGUAUACUACACUGUAUGACACUACACUACACUAUACUGCACUGCACUGUACUGCACACCCCAGAUGAAGCGUGCUUGUUCUGGAUUCUCUUCUAACAAUCCUCCCCAUGCGCGACAACCCCCCACCCCCUCCACCCC